AUCAAUGAUAGAAUUAUAAAUUAAGUAAGUGUAAAUAAGAGAAAAGUUCAUUUGGAAAAUUUAUGAAAAAUUAAGUGAUUAAUUGAUUAGUUUAUGCUUGAAAGAAUGAAUCAAUUGGGGAAUAUAUAAUAAAUAUGACAAAAAAUCAUGUAUUGCUAGGCAAGAAUACAAAAAUAGAAUUCGAGUUAUUCGAAAAAAAAGCUAAUUUUAAAACAAUAUUUUGAGUCUAUAACAUAAAAAUGCAUUCUUUAU